AUGAGGUUGCCGGAAUUGGUGGAGAUGAGCAUAACAGUUCAAAAUGAUGUAACGUCAAAACAUAGUAGUGGUAUGGGCUGGAUUAUUACAGCAUUCUUGCUGGUAGCUGAACUUGUCGGAUCUGGUGUUGUUGCACUUCCAGCAGCUAUUUUACGAACAGGCAUUGAAAUAGGCAUCAUAUAUAUGGUUAUACUGAUUGUAUUUUUUGCUUAUACUGGUCAACAGAUUGGUGACUGCUGGGUUACGAUGAUUAAAAGAUGGCCGAUCUAUCAGCAACACUGCAGGAAACCGUAUCCUGAAAUUGCACUUCGAUGCAUGGGAAAACGUGCUAGAACUGUCACCGAAGUUUGUCUUUACCUGACACAAUUUGGUGUUUGCGUAGUAUUUUUGCUUUUGCCGGCUGAGAUAUUGCAAAAUAUUUUGGCUGCUUGGAGAGUAAAAGUCAAUGUUUGUUAUUUGUUGGUUGCCGUUGCUUUAUGCAUCUCACCAGCAACAUUUUUGAGAUCACCAGCCAAUUUUUGGUGGAUUAUGAUGAUUGCUGUAACAGGCACAGUUUUAGCAGUCGUUUUAAUAGCAAUUGGAGUGAGCAUAGAUCUUGGAGUAUGUCAAAAGGUUGCUGUAUAUCCAAACACCAAUUUUUUUACUGCAUUAUUCUCUCUUGGCACAUUUAUGUUCACACUAUGCGGACAUGCAUACUUUCCAACAAUACAGCAUGAUAUGAGAAGACCAGAAGAUUUUACCAAAUCUGUUAUUCUUGGUUUUAUACUGGUAGGCCUGUUAUAUUUACCGUUGUCAUUGUAUUCUUAUGUCGUUUACGGUGACAGUCUUCGAGCUUCUGUGAUCAGCUCUAUUCAAACUUCUUGGAUUCGAAUUGUAGCAGAUUUUGGAAUUGGCAUACACUGUUUUUUGACAUCAGUUUUGGUGCUAAAUCCUUUGCAGCAAAAAAUGGAGCAUGUUUUCAAUGCGCCACAUAGUUUCUCGCUUCAACGUGUACUUAUCAGAGUCGGCGUAAUCGCUGCUGUAUUAUUGGUUGCACUAUCAAUACCAGAUUUUUCACCGGUAAUGGACAUCCUUGGAAGUGCUAUAUUGCCGAUUACGACAAUUUUUAUGCCUAUUUUGUUCAAUAUGUGGCUACAUGCAGCUCGGAUUGAAACGUCUAAUAAAGAAUAUGUGAUCCCAACAGUAAAACAAGUAUUGGCACGAACAUCAAAAGCAAAAAUUGCAUGGAACGUUUUUAUUAUAGUAACAACUGUAAUCGGUUCCGCAAUUGCUUUGUAUAUGGCAAUCAAAAACUUUAUCACUGUGGAAUUUAAACUCCCGUGUUACAUAAGACCAUCGUCUCUGUCAACAGCAGAAGACGCAAAUGUUGUGAACUGUUGCGGUCCAUCACGUAGUGUUAGCAUUUAUAGUAAUUCUUCAUCAUGUUAUGGAACUACUCUGGUAACCUUAUGA